UCUGCCUCUGAAUUUCGGCUGUGCUCGUUGUAGCACGUUUCUCUCCCCUCCUUUCUCCUUCCCUCUUGCUCCCGUGUCGGUCUCCAGGAUUUCUCUCUUCCUAUUUCAGGGGGACUCUCUCAGGCUCCCUCAGCUUGUGUGAAGCUGAGGUUUCCCCUGGAUCUCGUACAUCCCCAACACAUACCUCCACGCACACACAUCCCGGGCACCCCCGCGCUCGCACCGGCACCCCCGCGCGCACACAGCCGCGCUCGCCGGUCCGUCUCCCUCCCGGGAGACCGGAGCGCGUCCCCACCUUCGCGGCACACUCCGGCGAGCCGAGCUCGCAGCGCUCUAGGAUCCCGCGCCUCGGAACUCGGAUCGCAGCUCGGAACCCCCAUGGUGGUUUUUUAAACAUUUCUUUUCCUCCCUCUCUCGUUUUUAUUGCAACGCUUUCGAUCCGGGGGGCUAGAGGAGCAGCGCGGCUGCUUUCCCAGCCGGCCCUGGUUGGCUUGCCAUCCUCCAUCUGGCUUAUAAAAGUUUGCUGAGCGCAGUCCAGAGGGCUGCGCAGCUCGGCCCCUCGGCUGGCGGAAGGGGGUGACGCUGGGCAGCGGCGAGGAGCGCGCCGCGGGCUCUGGCGGGCUUUCGGCUGGUGGGGCAAGGUGAAGAGCGCACGGGCCCUGGGCUCUCCCGAGCUGGAUUUGCAUGUUGCACCAUGCCUUCUUGGAUCGGGGCUGUGAUUCUUCCCCUCGCGGGGCUGCUGCUCUCCCGCCCGGCCGGGGCGGACGUAAAGGCUCGGAGCUGCGGCGAGGUCCGCCAGGCGUACGGCGCCAAGGGGUUCAGCCUGGCGGACAUCCCCUACCAGGAGAUCGCAGGGGAACAUUUAAGAAUCUGUCCUCAAGAAUAUACCUGCUGCACCACAGAGAUGGAAGACAAGUUAAGCCAGCAAAGCAAGCUUGAGUUUGAAAACCUCGUGGAAGAGACGAGUCAUUUUGUGCGCUCCACUUUCGUGUCCAGGCACAAGAAAUUCGAUGAAUUUUUCCGAGAGCUCCUGGAGAAUGCAGAGAAGUCUCUAAAUGAUAUGUUUGUACGGACCUAUGGAAUGCUGUAUAUGCAGAAUUCAGAAGUGUUCCAGGACCUCUUCACAGAGCUGAAGAGAUACUACACGGGGGGAAAUGUGAACCUAGAGGACAUGCUCAACGACUUCUGGGCUCGGCUCCUGGAACGGAUGUUUCAGCUGAUAAACCCGCAGUAUCACUUCAGCGAGGACUACCUGGAAUGUGUGAGCAAAUACACAGACCAGCUGAAGCCAUUUGGAGAUGUACCCCGGAAACUGAAAAUCCAGGUCACGCGCGCCUUCAUCGCUGCCCGGACAUUUGUGCAGGGACUGACCGUGGGGAGGGAAGUUGCAAACCGGGUUUCCAAGGUCAGCCCGACCCCGGGGUGCAUCCGCGCUCUCAUGAAGAUGCUCUACUGCCCGUACUGCCGAGGCCUCCCCAGCGUGAGACCUUGUAGCAACUACUGUCUCAACGUCAUGAAGGGCUGCCUGGCAAACCAGGCGGAUCUGGACACGGAGUGGAAUCUGUUCAUAGAUGCAAUGCUCUUGGUGGCAGAGCGACUAGAAGGACCAUUCAACAUCGAGUCCGUCAUGGACCCUAUAGAUGUCAAGAUCUCUGAAGCCAUUAUGAACAUGCAAGAAAACAGCCUGCAGGUGUCUGCAAAGGUCUUUCAGGGAUGUGGCCAACCCAAACCUGCUCCCGCCCUCCGAUCUGCCCGCUCGGCUCCUGAAAAUUUUAAUACACGGUUCAGGCCUUACAAUCCUGAAGAGAGACCUACAACGGCCGCAGGCACGAGCUUGGACCGGCUGAGGAUUGUGUGGAGGACAAUGCAACAUAGUGUCACAGACAUAAAAGAGAAACUGAAGCUUUCUAAAAAGGUCUGGUCGGCGUUGCCCUACACCAUCUGCAAGGAUGGGAGCAUGACAGCAGGCGCGGCCAGCGAAGAGGAGUGCUGGAACGGACACAGCAAAGCCAGAUACUUGCCUGAGAUCAUGAAUGAUGGGCUGACCAACCAGAUCAACAACCCCGAGGUCGACGUGGACAUCACGCGGCCGGACACUUUCAUCAGGCAGCAGAUCAUGGCUCUCCGCGUGAUGACCAACAAGCUCAAGAACGCGUACAACGGCAAUGACGUCAACUUCCAGGACACGAGUGAUGAAUCCAGCGGCUCAGGGAGUGGCAGUGGGUGCAUGGAUGACGUGUGUCCCACGGAGUUUGAGUUCAUCACCACAGAGGCCCCUGCAGUUGAUCCCGACCGGAGAGAAGUGGACUCUUCUGCAGCCCGGCUCAGCCACUCCCUGCUCUCAGGGUGUCUCGUCUGCAUCGUCCUAGCACUGCAGAGGUUGUGCAGAUAAUCUUGGGUUUUUUGGUCACAUGAAACUGCAUUUUAGCAAUUUGAACGGCCAACUCACUUCUUUUCUUACACUCUUGGACGAUGGACCAUGCCACCAAAACCUAACCGUUUUCUAUGAGAAGAGAGCAGUUCUGCACUCUGCCUCCCUUCCUGCUUUCCCAAAGAGUACCGGGUGCCAGACUGGACUGCUUCCUCUUUCCUUCAGCUGUCUGUGGGGACCUUCUUUAUUCUAGAGAAUUCUUGCUGAAAUCUUUCGUACCAGGAGAUUUUCGUACCUUCGUUUGCUUUUAUGCUGCAGGAGCAAAGGAAUCUCAUGUUGUGAGUUUUUUUUUUUCCCCAUUGAAAAAAAAAAAGUUAGUAAGAAAAUGAUAUUUCUUAUAAAAUCAGGCCAAACCCCAAGACAAUGCAUUUUCAACAAAGAAGCAAAUGAGAGAAAAAUCAAAGGGCUUUAAUGCUGUAUUCUGCAUUGCCAGCCAAUUCCCAGUGACAGCUUUCCUGGGAUAAACUGGGUUUACAAAAUGCUUAUGGAGAGAAUGUCUGACAUUCUUUUGAUGGUAAUGAAAGUACACUGUUGUCUUGGUGGUGCUGUCCUGCACUCUAUCCACACAAUGCCAAACUGAUUUGGAGGUACUGAUACUAAAUUUAGAAUGCCAUCUUUAAUAUGAGAACAAAACUUCCUAGGACUCUCCCACCCUGCCCGAUUUCAAUUCCCGUAAAGGCACCAUUUUCCUAAAUUCUCUUAAUGUCUGUCCACUGUAUCCAAUUGGCACAGAUUUUUCCCUUCAUCCUCAGUGGACUAGUGGACACCCCUAUCAAUUCAUCCUCCUCAUGGGCCUGAAUUGAAAAUAAUCUUCAAUGAUACAGUCACGUUGCUUUAGCCACAGGUUUGACAUUAAUUAGAUGUUUCAGCCCCUGUGCUCAUUACCCUCCCAAGAUAAGAGUUCUUUUGAACUGAUAAGCAAUUAGAUCUGUAAGUGAGUUUUCAUUUUUAACUAUUUGCUUUCGGUCAAUUGGUUUCUGCAUCACAAGGGCAUUCUCUUACAAAAUAACUCUCAACAACAACAACAAAAAGUCGAGACAAAAAAAAAUAUAUAUAUAUAUAUAUACAGUAUUGACAUGGAGAUUUCUUUCACUUUUUUAGUCUUAGUAUGAUCAUCUAUUUUUAUAUCUCUAUAUAUAUAAAUCACAGAUUUUAACUUCUUAAUUCCAAGCUCAGGGUUGACACAUCUUUGUAACGAAAAUGUUUUGUCAACCAGCUCUUCUUGUUUUGUGCUGCUCAAAGAAGGGAUUCCUCAGUGAUCUGUGAGCACCAAGAAUCAAGAGAGAAAACUUUGUACGUAUCUAACUGUCCAUUUAUUUAAAGUUUGCCAGGGCACACCCUUCUCACAUAAGCGUGCUCUAUCCUGGGUGUUCCAGACAGUACUGAGCUCGUGGGGAGAGCCACGGGCAUGCAGAACUUUAAUGGUGAUGGAAACUGUAUCCAUAAAGAAUGUGUUAUACAUGCAAAACCAUUGCUUUCAUGUGCACCACCUUUAGUGUAGGAUUGCUGCCCUGGCACAUGGUUAAAUGACCUAACCCAAGAGGCCAGGUUAGAGCCACAGCCGAAUUGAUCUGCCAAGAGUGCCAAAACCAAGCCCUGUGCUCCCCCUGACAGAGAGAAGCAAAAUAAACCAAACUGGGGCUUUAUGAAUACAGUUGGCUAUCCAUGUUUUUCUUGGUUUUUAUGACGCAUCUGUGGUUGGGAAAAAUAAUGUUUCAAGACACUGUGGUAUGCCAGUCACAUUUUCAUUAACCCAUUGACAGUAAUGACACGUAAUGGUAUUUUUCGAUCUCCGUUCUCAUCAAAAUUAUAAUUAGUUAUUGAUUUAGUCAUCACAUUAAGUAGAACACAUGCGGCACAAUACUAUCAAGUAUAUUUGAGCACUUCUGCAAAACUGAAAAGUAUUUAGAAGCAUCUAUUGCUGUUUUAUGCCUAAUGAAAUAUGAAAUGUAGGACUCUGAGAGACUUCGUGGCAUCUUUUCAUUUAAAUUUUAUGAAAUUAACAAUUAAAUCUAAUUCAGCAUUACAUACUCCAUUCCACUGCCAAACUUCAGCUUUGCAUCACCAAUUACACAUAAAAACAUCUCUAUGAAGGACCAAUCAUUUAUGUUGCUCAUUUCAUUGAAUGUUCAGAAAUCAGUAUUGUCUUUCUCCACUAAUUAAGGUGCAAUACACAUUUAAAUCAACCUUGAUAUUCCAGAAUAUUUGAGUAAUAAGUUGUUUUUAUGGCUUUAAACCUCAAGUGGUUCCUUUUAAAAUAUUUCUGGAUUGUCUUCUAUGAAAUAGAUCAGAAUGCCUUUUUUUAAACCCUGUGCUUUCAACCCCCUAAAGGUUUUUUGCAUGUGUAUGAAUACACACUAUAUUAAUGAAUAUGAACCCAGGUUCUGUACACACUAAACACACAGAUAAUAUAUAAACGCCUGCUUCAUUUGUUUCUACACCUUCAUUAUCGAUAUUAUUCAUCUCGGUGAGAUAUAGUGAUCUCCAUGAGCCAGGCAGAGAGCUGAAAUAAUAUCAGUUAAUGAUGCCACAACAUUUGUCACCUGCAUGGAUGUGGUCAAAAAUAUUAUUCCAGUUGUACUUCCUAGUUUUCUAUCAUCAUCCUACUACGUUGUAUGAUUUUCAGCCUAAUUUAACGUGAGGAUUUUUUCUGCCUUAAGUGAAUUAGUUUAAUUUAGUUAUCCCAUUUCAAUAAGCAUUUUGGAAUUCCUCGUCUGCCCCCAAACCAAAUUAAUUUCUCUCAUUUCAGCAUAGUGAUAGGGGAUGUGAUGAUGCUCCAUGAUUUUUCCUGACCUGCCCUCAUUUGCAUUUAUGUCCCCUAAAUUCUGUAGUCAUGUCAUAACCUCUGUUAUGAGUAGAAAGGAAUGGGCUCAUAGAAAUCGGACACUAGAAAUUGUUGGGUAAUGCUCAUAACUGCAAACACUUAGCUUAUUGAAGUGCCUCUAUUUACAUGUUCUUUAGUUAUAAUAUGUAUUUUUCUAACAGAAAUACACGUCUGUAAUUGGUGUAUAUUAUACUUUGUAUAUGUUAUAACAAAAGCUCAACAGAGGCUAAAGUCUUUAGCAGAGGAGAAUGAAUGGCAGAUUCACCAAUCAGAGGUCUGCUUAUGGUUCUGUAUUCAAGAACAGCAAUGACAGCCUUCUAUCAUUUUAUGAAGCUCAAAUCAGUACUUUGAUUAUAGUCACCAUAAAACAAUAUUAGCACUAGCAAUCUGAUUCCCUUACAGUGAUUUACCCAGGUAAGUAACUGGUAUUACCUGUUUUAAUUGUAAGGGACAGAAAAUACUCUUUUGUCUACACUGAAAAACAGUAUUCUUCAUUGACAAACAGUAGCAAUUAUAAAAGCAACAUUCUAUAAAUCAAAUUGAAAAUAUUAUUGGAUGCAGAACCCUGAUAUUUAAUUUAUAUUCCCUGCUGCAGACAUUAGCCUACUUUAAUUCGUUAGCCAUUACACAUGUUUUGGCUACACACUGAACACCAACUAAAGUCCCCAAGGAGGAAUAAAGACUUAGCAAAUUCCUGAGUUGUGAUUCUUUUAUUACUUCUCUUUGCAAGGCUAAUUAUCAGGUGGUUUGAUUAAAGGUGGAUGUGUUAGCAAAUGUAAGUUUCAACUUAUCCAAACUUGCAGAAAUUCAAGCUCAUUUUCAUUUACUUAGAGUCACUAACAGACCUGACUUUCAACCUAAAAAUACAAAAAAGGCAGUUUAGCUUUGCCAGCGGAAGAGUAAAGGAAACCCAUAACUUAUAAAUUUGCAGUGUGUUCCUCUUUGAUGGAGACAUUAGGCAGUGUUUAGAUUUAGGCCAAGUUAUAUGAAUAUUGAUUUGUAUACAUUCUGGAGCCUUGCUAUAUCACCAUUUACUACAGUGCAGAACUAAGCCUAGCAUGGGGCCAUUUGAACCUCAUUCAGAGUUGAAGAAUUCCUGGAAUCUUUGACGUUACCUUCAUGAGGUGCUUCCAUGAAAAGACAUCUAUGGCAUAUGGUGAGGUCUCUGUGCGUAUGCAUAAUAUAUAUGCAGGACAAAUGUGUGCACCAAUCAAAUCUAAAGUUGUAUGUGACUGUCAAAUGAAUAUUACUUGAGUUAACAUUUUUCAUUUCUGAUUUGGAUAGAAAAUUGCUAUUAAUCUUGUAUUAAAAUAGUUUUUAAAAAUUUA